CAGCAGAACUAUACCACAUCAAACAGCAAUUCACUCUUGGGGCUUUUAGAUCGCUCACCCAAGUCACACUGCCAGACGAAGGGUCCUCAGAUUAUGUUCCAACUUUGUUGUAUAAAGCCCGCUCGUAUAUCGCACUCGAUAACCCGAAAGCCGCCCUCGACCUAUUGCCAGCCGACACUGAGAAUGUUGCCUUGAAGGCCGUCGCUUCCCUGGCGCGAUACGUUUCGGCAGCAGAUGCAGCCGCCAAAGAAGCAGCCCUGGAGGAGUUGCGCGACCUUUCCGUUGAGAUCGAGGGAGAUGACGGCGAGGGUUCGCCAAGGGAGAAGGCUCUCGUGCGAGUAGUGGCAGGGACCGCCUUCGCGCGCGCUGGUGAGGUCGAGGAAGCAUUGGAAACAUUGGGCACGGAGACUGAGGACCUCGAGGCCGUCGCCGUUAUCGUCCAAAUAUACCUCUCCAUUAACCGCGUAGAUCUCGCACGAAAGCAGUUUGAACGUUCGAAGAGAUGGGCAGAGGAUGAUCUCCUCCUGCAGCUCAUCGAAUCCAAUAUCGGGCUCGUCUCUGGAAAGGAUGGCUUCUCCAACUCGCAGUCCUUCUACACGGAACAAUUGGCCAAUCCAUCCAUGUCCUCCCCCCAUCUCCUCACGGCUCGUGGCGUUACCCGUCUGCAGCGCAACGAAAUCCAAGAAGCCAAGUCCGACCUGGAAGAGGCCCUUCAACAGCAGAAAGACGAUGCCGAAACCUUGGCUGCAUUUGUGGUUGCAGGUGGCCUUGGUGCUCUCAAGAAGGAUGAAACAGAGGAACAAUGGAGUCGUCUGAACUCUGAGCACCCUACUCACCCAUUAAUCCAGGAUGUAAACAGCAAAGCGCAGCUCUUUGACUCGCUUCUUGAGAAGUUCCCUGUUCCUCCGCCCGUCUCCGUGUAAUUUCAGUUUUGAAUACAAGACAUCUCCCAAGGGUU